ACUCCAAUUAUAUGAAGCCGGCAGCACCUGCACUACACAAUAUAAAACAACAUAAUUCGUGUAUCUGAAUAGAAAAGCUCAUAGUUUCAAUAUUCUGUAUGGUUUUUGCUCAGUUCUGCCAUUAGAAUUAAUGGGGGAUCAGGUGAAGCUGAUUGCCACUCCUCAAAGCCUUCCCUGCUGCAGGGUUGAAUGGGCUUUGAAGCUUAAAGGAGUGGAUUAUGAGUACAUAGAAGAAGAUUUGAGAAACAAGAGUCCCUUGCUACUUGACUCCAACCCUAUUCAUAAGAAGGUCCCGGUGCUGUUGCAUGCCGGAAAACCGAUCGUCGAGUCACUCGUCAUCCUCGAAUAUAUUGAGGAGACAUGGAAGGACAAGUACCCUUUGCAUAGUGAGGAUCCACAUGAGAGGGCCAUGGCUAGGUUUUGGGCUAAAUUUGGCGAUGAGAAGUGUGUUGUUGGAGCAUUUGGGGCAGCUUGGCUAACUGAAGGAGAGGAAAAGAACAAGGCCAUAGAGUCUGCACAAGAAUCACUGGCGUUUCUUGAGAAGCAGAUUCAGGGGAAGAAGUAUUUUGAGGGAGAACAGAUAGGAUUUCUGGAUCUAGCAGUGGGUUGGAUUCCUCAUUGGCUUAAGGCUCUGGAAGAAGUGGGAGAAAUGAAGGUACUCGAUGCUGGAAGGUUUCCAUUACUCCAUGAAUGGGGUCAGAACUUCUUGGAAAUUCCACUGAUCAAAGAAUCCAUUCCUCCCAGAGAAAAGGUUGUCGACUAUUUUAAUGUUGGUAUAAGCUACAUGCGUUCCUUAGCAGCCAAUAUACCAUGAAAUUCAUGUUGAUAUUGGCCAUGGUUUGAUGGAAAUGUUAGAUGGUCAUGUUGCAGCUUAUUUGUAUUGUUCCCAAGUACUAAAAAAGCGGAAAAAAAAAACAGAGAUUUGAUAGCUUUUUAAUUGAAGGUCACUUUGUUGAGAAAUGGAUAUAAGAACCUGUUAUGAAUUAAA